UGACUUAAAAAAGUAAAGUCUAAAGUCUUUCAAUUUGAAUAAUAUAAUCUUCAAGAACUACACACACUAACACCACCACAUAGCACCCACAAUGUGUGUGUGUUGAUGACUAAAAGAACUACACACCAUUUGUGUUUGACUUGUGAUUAGUAAUAUAAAUAAUUGGAUAUAACUGAAGCUUCCUACCUUUUUCCUGUUAAAUGAGGGAUCACUAGUUUCUACAUAAGACUAUAGUAGUUGGCAGUUGAGCGUUACCUGCUAUCAAUAUUUUUCAGAUAUAUCAUUAGUAGAGAGUAUUAAUUAUUGGUAGCACUGAAAAAAUUGGACUUUGAUGGUACAGAAACGGAAUAUCAACCAGGAUAGGGAUGACAGCUCUGAGUUUCCAGCUAGGGAGUUUAAGCGCGAACGUCCUUCUACUGCGCUUUUUACAGGGCUACGCGUAUCUCCACAAGAACUUGCACUAAGGCUGGAGCCUUUAAUCCGAAACUGGGCGCGUGAAGGGAUUGACAGAGCACUUCAAUCUAGCCUGAGAUCCUCACUUUGUGAUAAUGAGACUUCUCAAUUGAGGUCUAUUCAGUUACUCUUUGACGAUAUAUUUCCUUCUUCCCUUUUCACGGGCAGUAAAGUAUCCGUGAACAAUAGGCCCAUUAAAGUUCUCUUGCAUGAUGCUAGUUCCAACCGGAGGAUAACAUCUGGACCCUUAUCUUCGUUAAAAGUUGGUGUGGUUGUGCUAGAUGGGGAAUUUAAUCCUGACGAUCGUGAAGACUGGACUGAGGAAGAGUUCAGCAAAAAGGUUAUUCGUGAAAGAGAAGGAAAACGUCCAUUAUUGACUGGAGACUUAAUCAUUCAGCUAAGGGAUGGUGUGGGAUAUCUGGGUAAUGUCAGCUUCACUGACAAUUCAAGCUGGACAAAGAGCAGGACCUUUAGGUUGGGAUUGAAAUUGAUUAACCGUUCUGGAGAAUUUAGGGUCAGAGAAGGAGUUAGCAAACCCUUGACUGUGAGAGAUCAUCGUGGGGAGACUUAUAGGAAGCAUUACCCUCCCACUUUGGACGAUGAAAUUUGGCGGUUGGAAAGGGUUGCUAAAGAUGGCGCAUCACACAAACGGUUAAGAAAGAAAGGAAUAUUAUGUGUUAAAGACUUCCUACGGCUGUUUGUCACCGAUCCAUCUCUUUUACGUGAGAUGCUGGCUUGUGGGAACAACAUAUGGGAAAAAAUAACUGAACAUGUGAAGACUUGUACGUUAGACAACAGUGAGUGGUACAUAUACAAUGCCGGAGAAGGUAUUGUCCUUCUGUUCAACUGCAUCUAUGAGCUUGUAGGAGCAAUUCUUGAUGGACAAAACUUCCAGUCCUUGGACAAGUUAGAUGUAUUUCAGAAGCGGAUGGUUGAAAAUUUUAAGCGUGGUGUUUACAAAAAUUUGAAUUGUCUAGUUCUCCUUGAGGACCAUUCUUUGAUUGGCCAAGCAGUCCUUACAUCCAAUCUGCAAAUUGGCCUUUCUCAUAUUCCUAGUUCAAGCCAACAGACUAUGAACUACUCAGAUGAACAAGUUCAAGUGGAGUUACAGAGCAACUCUGAUCAUACCACGAUUUCACAACCACUAGCCUACACAGAGCAACUAGACAGUCCAACUGCAGUGUCCAUGCCAGAAAACUUUCACGGAACGCAAGCAUUUGAUUCGACCCUGGCAAGCAGUUUCUUGGUCAGUGAUCCAAGUUCCAGUAUCUAUCCUGGUGACUAUGAUUGGGGUUCCAGUGGUUCAUUGCAUUCACUAGGGAUGGCCGAUUAUCUACCUCCCAACAACAAUUGUCAGUUCGAGACACCACCAGUGUGGCAGGGAGGUGGGUUGUUAGCGAGUUCAAGUGUUCAGCCGGUGUCUCCUAAUAUUGGCUUUCACAUCACAAGACGUGGAAAUCCUAGAGCCAUAUGGUGCACAAUCCGUGCUGUCCUGAAAUGGAAAACAUUGGUUAAGCGAAACAUGGCAAUUUGAAGAUAGAAAGGCUUUUACAAGAAGAUAUCUGAAGUUUUAUCCGAGAUAUAUAUAACCAGCAAACUUCGCCUCCAUGUCUCGGACUAUUCUUUGAACUCUUCCGUAUUUUGAAAUAUAUACUUAUAUAUCCAUUUCAUAUAGCAUCCAUCAUAUAUAUAGGUGAGUAAAUUGUACAUAUAUAGUAAGGUUUUUGUCAGGAUGAAGGUGCAUGUAGGAUAAAUUUACUUGCAGAAACAAUAGCAAGAUAUCAAAUAUUAUGCUACCCCAAAUGCCAUCAUCCUUGGAAGUGUCUAGUGCUACCUCUUUACUAGUAGUUUUCUUGUGUUUUCUACUUCAGAUGUAAUAACACAUGUGUGCUUGUACAGGAAGUAAUAUUAUUAGCUUAUAAUAAUGAGAUGCCAUGUCAAUUGUUGUCA